AUGCAGGUCUCCACUGCUGCCCUUGCCAUCCUCCUCUGCACCAUGGCUCUCUGCAGCCAGGUCUUCUCUGCACCACUCGACUUAUUCUCUCCUUUCUCCGCGGUUGCUGCUGACACGCCAACCGUCUGCUGCUUCAGCUACAUCUCCCGGCAGAUUCCACAGGAUUUCAUAGCUGACUACUUUGAGACCAGCAGCCAGUGCUCCAAGCCCAGUGUCAUCUUCCUAACCAAGAGAGGCCGGCAGGUCUGUGCUGACCCCAGUGAGGAGUGGGUCCAGAAAUACGUCAGCGACCUGGAGCUGAUUGCCUGAGGGGUCCGGAAGCUUCGAGGCCCAGUGACCUCGGUGGGCCCAGUGGGGAGC